AGGUUUAGCCCAGCUGUCCGACACUCGCGUGAUUUCCUUCAGACUGUCAUGGCUGCCGUGAGGAAGCUACACAAGUGUGCCGUGUCUCCAACGGGGAAACACUCCGCCUCGCUUAUCUUCCUGCACGGUUCAGGUGACACUGGCCGGGGCCUGAGAGCCUGGGUUCGAGAUGUUACGGUGCCGGAUCUGUCCUUCAGUCACAUUAGAGUCAUUUACCCCACGGCUCCAGCUCGGCCAUACACACCCAUGCGAGGGGCUCCGUCUACUGUCUGGUUUGACCGUUACAAGAUCUCACGGGACUGCCCAGAGCACACAGAGUCCAUCGACGACAUGUGCAACACAUUAGGGUCCAUCAUUCAGGACGAGGUCAACGCCGGGAUCCCCAAACAUAGGAUUGUCAUCGGGGGAUUCUCGAUGGGCGGAGCCAUGGCUCUCCACCUGGUGUGUCGGUACCACCCUGACGUAGCAGGAGUCUUUGCACUUUCCAGUUUUCUCAACAAGGAUUCUGUUGCUUUUCAGGCAGUGGAGGAGCGGCUCAGAGCAGAACUCUCCCUCCCUGACAUGUUCCAGUGCCAUGGGACCAAAGACGACCUGGUGCUCCAUCAGUGGGGAGAGGAUACGUCCGUGAUGCUGAGGGAGGCCGGCAUGCCCACGACCUUCCACUCCUUCCCUGGCCUGAACCACCAGCUCUCCGAGCCUGAGAUGGAGCUGCUGAGGAGCUGGAUCCUCAAAAAGAUUCCCCCGAUCCCCUCCUCCUGACUCACCCCACCUCCCUUUUCUCACAGAAUGUGUUAUUUUGUCAAUAAAAUCAUUUUUUAAUGUUU